AUGUCUACUGUAGCUGAAAUCAACACCACAGAAGGUGAGAUUUCCAACCAUGGUAAUUUACACACGGCUCAAGCUCAAAACUCCAGGAACGGCAUUUGUUCAGUCUGACAUGGACUGUCCAUCAUCUUGCUACUCUGUAAUUUUACAAUUUCCACCCAACAAAUGAACUUGAGCAUUGCCAUCCCAACUAUGAUGAACAACAUGGUCCCACCCAGCCACCCCAAUGCCUCCACAGAAAGACCCCCCACUGACUCCCAGGACUAUUGGAAUGAAACUCUAAAGGAAUUUAAAGCAGUGGCCCCUGUGUAUGACUGGAGUCCUGAAAUCCAGGGAAUCAUCCUCAGCUCCCUCAACUAUGCCUCCUUCUUAGCUCCAAUCCCUACUGGCUAUGUGGCUGGAAUAUUUGGAACCAAGCAUGUGGUUGGUGCUGGCUUGUUCAUUUCCUCAGUCCUGACCAUGUUCAUUCCACUGGCAGCUGAUACUGGAGUGACAUUGCUUAUUGUCAUUCAGGUUGUCCAAGGCAUAGCCCAGGUUAUGGUGACAACAGGUUAUCAUUCAAUUUGAGUCAAAUGGGCUCCUCUACGGGAAAGGAAUCAACUCACCAACAUUGCUGCAUCAGGGAUAAUGCUGGGAUCCUUCAUCAUCUUUGCUGCUGGCGGUCUCCUCUGCCAGAUGAUAGGAUGGCCUUAUAACUUCUAUAUCUUUGGUGAAAUUGGCUGUGUCUGUUGUCUUCUCUGGUUUCUUCUGGUUUAUGAUGACCCCGUGAAUCAUCACUUUUUCAGCACUGGUGAGAAGACAUACAUCGUUUGUGCACUGGCCCAACAGGAUUGUUCUCCAGGCUGGUCUCUUCCCAUUAAGUCUAUGCUCAAAUCCCUACCACUCUGGGCCAUUUUAAUCUUGUAUUUCUGCAGAAACUGGCCUUUUUGUAUCUUGACAACGUACACACCAACAUACAUCAACUCUGUACUUCGAGUUAACCUCAGAGAUAGUGGGAUCCUGUCUGCCCUGCCAUUUAUAAUCGCCUUUCUCUGCAUGAUCCUCAGAAGUCUGUUGGCAGAUUUUCUCUUUUCCAGAAAAAUUCUCAGCCUCAUAACCAUACGGAAACUCUUCACUGCCGUAGAAAUUCUCCUCCCAUCCCUGUUCAUGGUGUCUCUGUACUGGGUCAGAUUCAGCACCAACACCUCUGUGACCUUCUUGAUACUGUCUCCUGUCAUCGCCAGAUUUAGUUACACCGGAGUCUUUGUUAACAUCUUGGAUAUUGCUCCUCGAUACUUUGGCUUUCUCAAGGGACUAGCAAAUGUUUUUCCACGAAGAGCUGGAGCCAUCUCUCCUACCACUGCUGGAUUUUUUAUCAAUUCAGAGUUGGGCUGGAGAAAAGUUUUGCUUUCGGCUGCCAUUAAUGUAUUUGUCCUGGUCUUCUACCUCAUCUUCGGCCAAGCAGACUUCCAGGACUGGGCUAAAGAGCAGACAAUCACCCACUUCUGA